AAAUUCCAGUUUGAACACAGAACAUCUUUUCCGUCAGUUGAAUUUGAACAAAGCUGUGAGUAAUUUAGUGAUAUCUGAAGCUGAAGAAUGGGAGAGGAAGACGACAGCUGUGUUUUGGUCGGAACUAGGAAAAAUCUUACAAAACUUUCUGUUGAUGCCCAGCAUACACCAGCUAUACUUAGAUAUCGUAACUCCACUGCCUCCACUCCGGAAGGAGAAUCAAGAUACACAAUUGAAUCAAGUCCUUUAACUCCAUUUAAUACUCCAACUAAAUUCUCCUCCCUGCAAGCCUACAAAUCCAAGUUUGGUCCCAGUCCAACCUUGAAGGACCUGCAGGAGGGACGGGUUCAUCUCCUCAGCAAGGAUGAGAGAGAAGGGAAGGAUGGGACGGACUGUCUUGACUCCGGGUUCAGUGGAUGGCAGGAGACAACCAGGAAGAAGCUGAGCUUUGAUAACUUCAACAGCACUGAAGGGGUUAGGAAAAAUGAUUCUCAGAGCGAUCUUUGGCGAUCCUUCACCUCUCCUGUUCAAGAUAUACAGAAGAAACUAAAAGGUCGAUCCAGUUUCUUCGAGGAAACUCAAGUUGUGAAUAAACUGAACAUUCAACCUCAACAAAUACUAGCAGGAAUCAUUCUGAUGAUUCUGGUUUCUAGUUUCUGCUUUGCGCUCUUCAUUGGUGUUAAUCAUCUUUCAGAGACUGGAUACAACGGCAAAAUAAAGUCUAUCCUGUUCGGCUCAGAAAGACGUUAUCAGAUGCUAAAGGAGGAAGGAAGGGUCUUAGAGAGAGAUAUUGUGGAUGAGUCUGGGGCAAAACUUGGAGGAAAAAGGGCCUCAAUUCAAUAUGCUUAUGAGACUGUAGAGACUGUUGAGGUUGACUCUCAUUUGGAUUUAUUUGAGUUGUCUGCAAGCAUUGAGAAAACAUUUCAGUUUUUACAAGCCCAAGAUGCUCAAGAUGCUCAAGAUGCUCAAGAUGCUCAAGAUGCUCAAGAUGCUCUGGAUGCUCUGGAUAAAGAGGACAUUGACGAGGAGAUCAUUAUUGAAGAGUUUGCAUCCGUUAAUCUUGACAAACUUUCGGAAGAUGAUUUUAAAUCAUCUGAAUCUGUUGAGGCCAAACCUGCUCCUGUAGUGUCAAAGCCUAAACCUGACCAUCCCAAACCUGGACCUCAAGAUUCUAAAUCUGGACUCGCAGAUUCUAAACCCAAACCUGCAGAUUCUUUAACUGGACCUGAAGAUUCUAAACCUAGACCUCAAGAUUCUAAAUCUGGACCCGCAGACUCUAAACCGGGACCCGCAGAUUCUAAACCCAAAGCUGUAGACUCGAAACCCAAAACUGCAGACUCAAAACCCAAACCUGCAGACUCAAAACCCAAACCUGCAGACUCAAAACCCAAACCUGCAGUUGCAGACUCAAAACCCAAACCUGCAGAUUCUAAAUCCAAACCUGCAGAUUCUAAACCCAAACCUGCAGAUUCUAAACCCAAACCUGCAGAUUUAAAACCUGAACCAUCUAAAAUUAAAACCGAACAUGCAGCUCAUGCAGAGGAGAGCAUUGAAUCUAACGAAAUUAACCGGGAUAGUUCCAGAAUGAUUAAAGAUGAAGCUGAAGAGUCUAACAGGGUUCGAAGAGAGAAGGAUGGAAAUUUUGAUGAAGAAAAGUUCAGAUUUGAGCAUUAAUGCUACAUCAAGGCUUAAACUUUAUUCCUAACUGCAAGAAUUAGAUUCUGAUUUGAGAAUUAUAUUCUCAUUUGAGGAUUAGAUUCUGAUUUGAGGAUUAGAUUCUGAUUCGAUGAUUAGAUUAUGAUUCGAUGAUUAGAUCCUGAUAUGUGGAUUAGAUUCUGAUUUGAGGACUAGAUUCUGAUUCGAUGAUUAGAUUCUGAUUUGAGGUUUAGAUUCUGAGUUGAGGAUUAGAUUCUGAUAUGUGGAUUAGAUUCUGAUAUGUGGAUUAUUCUGAUAUAAAAAUUCUGAUCAGACCUCAAAAUUAACGUUUGUUAUUUCUAUGUAAAUGAUUUUAUUCUAUGUUCAAAAUAUAUAUUUAUAGUAAAA